ACGCCUCGCCUUCGUCCACCGAAUAAACCCCCAAAACUGGUGUGUCCGCGGGUGAGCGCGCAGGCUAGGUUAGGGGUUCCUAGACGCCGUCGCUUGGGCGCGUAACGCGAUGGCCGCAGCCACACCCCACUCGCCGCCGCCGCAGCUUUCAUCGCCCUUCCUGGAGUAUAUUACGGCCCCCGGCGGCCUCGACAAGGUCGUGCUCCGUGGCAGGCGCAGCUGCUCCGUGGAGAUCCGUCUUUUUGGAGGUCAAGUAACUUCAUGGAAGAAUGACCAUGGCGAGGAGUUGCUUUUUGUCAGCAGCAAGGCCAUCAAGCCUCCAAAACCGUUUCGUGGUGGGAUACCUAUUUGCUUUCCCCAGUUUGGAACUCAGGGAAAUCUUGAGCAACAUGGAUUUGCAAGAAAUCGGCUUUGGGCUAUUGAUGAUAAUCCACCCCCUUUACCAGUAAAUCCUGCAAUUAAAGCUUUUGUUGAUCUUAUUCUGAAGCCUAGUGAAGAUGAUUUAAAGAUGUGGCCACACAGUUUCGAGUUUCGCUUGAGAAUUGCUCUUGGUGCUGGUGGAGAUUUGAGUCUCACGUCUCGAAUCAGGAAUACCAACACUGAUGGAAGACCUUUUUCUUAUACAUUUGCAUAUCACACAUACUUCUCUGUUUCUGACAUAAGUGAAGUACGUGUCGAAGGGCUGGAAACAAUGGACUACCUUGACAACAUGAAGGGAAAGGAGCGUUUCACAGAGCAAGGAGAUGCUAUUGUAUUCGAAUCAGAAGUUGAUAAGGUAUAUCUUGCUGCACCCUCGAAAGUUGCAAUUAUUGAUCAUGACAUGAGAAGAACAUUCGUCGUGACAAAAGAAGGACUUCCAGAUGCUGUUGUUUGGAACCCUUGGGAUAAGAAGGCAAAAGCUAUGCAAGAUUUUGGGGAUUUAGAAUACAAGCACAUGCUUUGUGUGGAGCCUGCAGCCGUUGAGAAGCCAAUUACCCUCAAGCCUGGUGAAGAGUGGAAAGGAAGGCUUGGGCUCUCCGCUGUUCCUUCCAGCUACUGUAGUGGGCAGUUAGAUCCAUUAAAGGUCCUUCAUGGUUGAGUUCUCACUUCUUCCUCAUGUACAGGUUAUGUUUUACUCUAGCUAAGCUGUGUUCUGGUUUCAAUGUAUCACUUAUUGGAUUAUGUUCUGGUACUUACAUACCACGGCAACAACAAGUCUCUCGGAGUAUUAUGGUUAUGAAUAUACCUGGUAUGUGAUUAGCAGCUGACUAGAAGA